AUGGCGAGCGACUGGCUCCGCUUCCGCGGCCCCAACGGUUCGGGCGUCUCGGCCGACGCGGCGCCGCCGAUCGAGUGGAGCAACGAUAAGAACGUCGCUUGGAAGAUCGACCUCCCCGGCCCCGGCUCAUCGUGCCCGAUCGUGGUCGGCGGCAAGGUGAUCCUCACCUGCUGGACAGGCUACGGCCUCAGCACCGAGGACCCCGGCGACCAAGCCAACCUCAAGCGGAUGGUCCUCUGCUACGACCGCGAAACCGGCGAAGAACUAUGGACCGCUGAGGCCGACGCCAAGCUCCCCGAGGACAAGUACGAGGGGAUGUUCGCCCAGCACGGUUACGCUUCGCACACCCCCACCAGCGAUGGCGAGAACGUUUAUGUCUACUUCGGCCGCACCGGCGCGCUCGCUUACAACCUCGACGGCGAGAAGCUGUGGCAGACCGACUGCGGCGACGGAUUUGGCAUGAGCGAUUGGGGCUCGGCCGCGAGCCCCGUGGUGGUCGAUGACGUGCUUGUCUGCGCCGCGACGGCCGAGAGCAGCGCGCUGAUUGGCCUCGACAAGAAGACCGGCGAAGAACUUUGGCGUUACGGUGAGGACGGCUGGAACGGCUGCUGGGGGACGCCGAUCGUUGUCGAAGUCGAUGGCCGCAAGGAGCUGGUUUAUUCGGCGCCCGAGAAGCUGAUCGCGCUCGACCCGGCCACCGGCAAGCUGCUGUGGCACUGUGUGGGUUCUGAAUCGAACAGCAUCACGGCGAGCGUCGUCGCGAACGACGGCGUAGUGUACUUCAUCGGCAACCGCGGCGCAUCGCUCGCCGUGAAGGCGGGCGGCGAGGGCGACGUCACCGACACGCACAUCGUCUGGCGCGAGAACCUGCAAGGGAGCAUCCCGUCGCCGAUCUACCACGAGGGCCGGCUCUACGGCGUCGGCCGCGGCGGCAUGCUCUGCUUCGACGCCGCCAACGGCGAUCGCGUUUACCAAGCCCGCCUCAACAUGCCCGGCGCCCCCGCGGGGCCGCCCGCUGAAGAAGCCAACAACGAUGGCGAACGUCGGCGCGGCGGCCGAGGUGGUCGUGGCGGCGCGGGCUUCCGCAACAUGUCCUAUGCGUCGCCCGUCAUCGCCGGCGACUACCUCUACCAGAUCGGCCGCGGCGGCGACGGCCACGUGGUGAAGCUCGGCGACGAGUUCAACGAGGUCGCCACCAACGUGCUCACCGACGGCGGCGACUUCAGCGCGACGCCCGCCCUCGUCGACGGCGCGAUGUACCUGCGUUCGAGCAAGCACCUCUACUGCAUCCGCGCGGCGGGCGAGAGUGAUGGUGUGGUUUGCCACAAGGAUGCACUAACGAAAUCUGACGGACAGCGCGCGAUUCGCGGCGGGUUGGUGCUGGAACCUUCACCGAAGGCGCUGAAAAGCAACAUGCGACUCGGUCCGGUUGCAACAAAUCAUCAUACCGGAGGGCCCGCCGGUACUUUGGCGCCGCCAAACCAAGCGCCCCCGCAUGCUUUACGGUUCCCCGCGCCCAAUCUGGCGCACGAGUUGCCCAGCCCGUUGGCUCCGUCCUCCAAAGCCUCAGCCAACGUCCAGUACAUGACUGUCGAUAUUAACGAAGUCAACGAUGUUGCGGACCUCGACCACUAUGGGCGGGUGUGGGAGCAAGCCCUCGCGGUGACGCCCGCCGCCAACUUCUUCCAGUCGCUCGAUUGGCUCCGGCUCUCAUGGCCGUGCUUCCCUCGUUGGCAACGACUGCGAGCGCUGGUCAGUUCCUCGGGUGAUCCGUGGGUCGUCCCCUUCUGCGUCCGCGAAGAGCGCUUCAAGGUCGGCCCGCUGCGUUUGUUGACGUUCCCACUGAACGACUGGGCAGGAGAGUUCGCCCCGCUCGGUAGCGACCCAGCAACGGCGCUGAGACGCGGGCUCGAACAUGCGUUCGCUACUCCGCGUGACUGGGACCUGAUCGACCUGCGAUGGACCGACGAAGACUUUCUGCCCGCCGCCGUCGAGGCCUUCACGUCGGUCGGCGUCCGUCCGCAAGUCGAGGUGCGGAUGGAGCGUCCGGUG